AUGUUCCUAUUCAAAGGACAGGAGGAUCUCCAUCUCGAUGAACGCAUAAUGCAGUUGCUCCAUAUUUGCAAUCUUAUGCUCUCCGAUAGUGCGUCCAACAGUUGGCCGCCAUAUACUGCUCGCCACUAUGCGGUUACACCUUUGGGAACUCGAUCAGGGUUGAUUCAAUGGGUUGGCGGUGCAACCCCUAUGUUCCACAUCUAUAGGAAGUGGCAGUUGAGACAAGCACAAAUCAAACACUCAUUAGAACGCAAGAGUGGUGUACCUGCUACCACCGCCGCUUUAGACAUAGACAGACCAACUGAUCUUUUCCAAAAAAAGAUGCGAGAUAUUCGAAGAAUAUUCGAAAAAUGCACCAAUUCUGUUAUUCGAGUGCUCGAUAUUUGCGAACUGUGGAUGCGAGCUGGAAGCUGUGAUACUUGGUGGCGUGUGGUUUGUCGGUACGCACGGUCAACGGCCGUUAUGUCGAUGAUAGGAGCCAUCCUUGGAUUAGGAGAUCGUCAUUUGGACAACGUGCUUGUCAACUUGGACCACGGCGAUAUCGUGCACAUCGACUAUAAUAUAUGCUUUGAUAAGGGUCGACACUUGAGAGUGCCUGAGACAGUGCCAUUCCGUCUCACACAGAAUAUCCUUUACGCACUAGGGCCCACCCAAGUGGAGGGCGUUUUCCGCGAAUCGUGCUCACACGUAUUGUCGACACUGCGAGAAGGUCGAGAAGUGCUCUUGACAGUACUGGAUGCAUUUGUGUACGAUCCUCUAGUCGACUGGACCGUAUCUGACCAUCUAACAGCUUCAUCUGCUGCCGUUGGUGUCGCUGUCACUCUGGCUGUUUAUGGCACUGACUCAAGAGCUGUUGAAGCAAAACCUGUUGCUCGUGAGAUGUUUUCUGUGAGAAUCCGCGAAAAUACAGCUCUAUGGACGAAAAACUUG